AUGGCGGAUGAUUUUGAAUGCUCUGAGUAUAGUCAGAUGCAGCUUGUUCAGAUGUUGACCGAAGUGGAGCAGUGCAUGGAAAACGCGCAGACUGCUGCCUUUCUUGCCCGUAGCACUAAACCCGCGCCUCGCCAACCCAGUGAUCCGUGUCCUCCGGUCCCGGCACGCAUCGAUCCACAGGACCUCAUUGAAGUAAAAGCUCCUGGUCCUAGGUCUGCAUUCCUGUUACCCGCAUCUUCUCGCAGUGGCGAUACUACCGAGUAUCCUGACACGCUGCAUUCGAUCAACACACUGACGACAGAAUUUGCCGGAUACGAUUCGAAUCGGCAGCAACCUCGACCUGCGCAACAUCGACGCUACCUUCACUGUUACCACGUUUAUGAGUCAGACAUAGCUGGAGCAGCUAACUCGCCACACCCCCACGCCGGACCCAUGAAUCCGUCAUCAGUGGAUCCCGUCUAA